AUGGGAGACGUCUGCAAGACCACCAGCAUUUCCUCCCAAACAUCACCACUGAGCUCCAGGACCUCCAGCGCUGUUGGAACCCUAAGAUCACUGCAGGCGAACAUCGCGCCCGAGCUCCUGCGAGGCGUCUCGUUGCACGAAUGCCUCAGUGGCUGGGGGAAGCACUGGUCAGCUGGAGGGAUGUUCCAGACAAAGCAAGACGACGCCAGUCAAGCAUAUGGGCUCAGUCGCCAGACCCAGCGCUUUGACAACUUUCUCAGUCAUGAUUGGAGCACUUCCCGGUGGCUGAAGCUUGCGACCCUCUUGGUUGUGUUCAACUCAAGGGCCGCAGCUUUAGCCACUCUGGUCGUGAGCGUGCUGGUGGGCAUGCUGCGUGCAGCGGGCUUCCUGCCAGAUGAGCCAUGGACCGUGGUCAUCGGGCAUGUCACGUUUCUGCUGUUUUUCAGCUUCUGGCAACGGAUGCGCGCCAUACUCCGGAAGCCUCGGAUGGUUUUCCUGGACAAGCUGUGCAUAGCUCAGCAUGAUGACACUCUCAAGGAGCAGGGCAUCUUGGGGCUCGCUGCUUUUCUUGAUCGCUCCGAGAAGCUGACCAUUCUAUGGUCGCCGCGAUACUUUCAGCGUCUCUGGUGUGUAUAUGAGAUCAGCACCUUCUUGCGCAGUCGGGACAAAUGGAAGCCAAUAGAGAUCAUGCCAGUCAAGCUGGCACUCCUGCUGUGCGUGAACGCUGGAAACUGGUUCGUCAUGGCAGCUGCCUAUCACUCCAUUGCCAAUUCUACAGGCGGCGAGCCCAGUGUGAAAAGGACUUUGGUAGUGGGAGGCACCUGCGUGUGCCUUGCUGCGUGCAUGGUCCCUUGGACAUACUAUGUCGGCAUUGGCAUGAUGGAAGACUUGCACAAGCUGCCGCAGCAGCUUGCAGACUUUCGCAUCCAGGAUGCCGAGAGCACCUGCUGCGCACACCAGCACAUCCACCCGCAGUUCGAUACUUUGCGUCAAUGGUUCGGUGAUGCGGAAGAGAGUGGCGGCGGCGAGCAGCACCUAGACAACUUCAACAGAUUAGUCAGGAAGAGGCUGGCACCAGUGGUGUUGAAGAGUGUGGGUGGAGACAACCUGCCGAUUGGAUACACUGUAUACAUGGCUGCCAGCGCCAACAUGCCCUUCCUUGCCAGCUUCAUCCCAUUCUUGGCCAAGGGACCUCCUGUGGACUACACAGCCGGCGACUCGCUGGUUUGGGCCCUACGGAUUUUCAUUAGCUGGGCGUUCACCUCCCUCUUGGCCGUCUUAACAACUCGCUUGAACCUCUUUCUCUGCAGACACGGGCCCCGGAUUUUGCAGUCGUGUCACUCAAGGAUCUGCCGGGCGCUUCUGCUAUCACAGGCGGCGGUACUCUUUGUGACCAUCUUGUGGGCUGGGUACCGAGUCCCUGCAAGGCGAGUUGACAGCAAGAGCUGGGAAGACAGGGCUGCCUUUGAGCCAGAGUCGGAGGGUGUCCCACCGGAGUUGGUGGGAGAUGAAUCAAUGAUGACCGCAAGGAGUCUGCUUGCAUCCCGUCAUGGUGCACGUGCGAUGCAGCAGCUGGGCUGUGCCAAGGAGGUCCUGAGGACCAGCCAAGACGCUGCCCCUCGCUCGCCCGUGAGCAGCACGUUACCAAUGACGCAGUCGCAGUUUGCUUUCCUCUGCGCGGACGCUGCAGCUCCGGGUACCAGCAUCUCCAACUGCGCUGUAAUGUACAUCUUCCAGGAGGAGGACGUGGACGUCAAGAGUCUUCAGGAGGUUAUCCAGGACAUUGGCGUCAAGUACUGGAGCAAGCUCCACCUUCACUGCGGUGAUGGAAUCAACAGCGCAGCCCGGGAUUUCAUGCGGGUGACCUACACGGGUCUCUGCCGCGACGAAGUGCCGCUUCAAGUAUUCCCGGACACGUGCGGACUGGAGGUCUCGAAACAAGUGGGCAGCGAGAAGCUCGCGCAAAACCUACCUUUCAAGGUCUCCGGUGAGGAGGCGCGCUUCCUGAUGCAGUUUCACAACCAGCCGUUUGACCUCAAACCGGGUGCAGACCGGAUCCCUCGUCGGGUCGCGAUCAUCCGCUUCGACAGCGGGCGGGUUGGCUUGAAGAUGGUGGCCAGCCACAUGCUUGAGGAUGGCGGCAGCUACACCGCGCUGCUGAAGCUGAUUCUGCACUCCUACUAUGACCGUGUGGGCCUGGCCGGCGCGCUGCCGACGCCGCAG